AUGCCAGAACAACCCACCAACCCCGUGACUAUCGUCGUGGAACAUCUGGACCCCGAGCUGGGGAAAUGGUCCGCCCUGGAAUACGCCUGUAUCGCCCGUGAAGCCCAUGCGUCCGGCAGCCGCUUCCUCCUCAGCUCGGUCCCGACAUCUCUCCAGAUGCCCGAGGACCUCGCGGCCACGAAAGGCUUCGAGGUCGAACACCGCAGCGUCGAGGAGAUCUUUGCCGACCGGAAGGGCAAGGUCUGUCUGCUGGACCCGGCGGCUCAGGUCGAACUGAGCCCCGAGGACGGCGACACCUUCGAGGUGUUUCUCUUUGGUGGGAUUCUCGGCGAUGACCCUCCACGCGACCGCACCUCUGAACUGAGGAAGAAGGGCUACGCUGGUCGCCGACUGGGUCCCAAGCAAAUGACGACGGACACCGCAGUGCGCGUCACCCGUAUGGUGGUGCACGAGAAAGUUCCCUUGGAGAAAAUCCAAUACAUUGAUCACCCCGAGAUCCUGAUCAACGAACACGAGCGGACGGAGAUGCCGUUCCGUUAUGUCAAGGGAGAUGACGGCCAGCCUAUCAUGCCCCAGGGCAUGGUUGAUCUGAUCAAGAAGGAUGCCGAUCAAGGCAUUGACGAUCUAUUCUGA